AUGACGACGCCAAAAUACCUCACCGGUGAUGCGGCCGCCAUUAACGAGUUCAUUGAUCGCUUUGAUGUGUUUUUGCUAGACUGUGAUGGAGUCAUCUGGUCCGGCGAGCAUGUGUUCGAGGGGGUUGUGGAAACUCUGGAACACUUGAGAUACAGAGGCAAAAAGAUAGUCUUUGUGACCAACAACUCGACAAAAUCUCGCCAAGAAUACCUCAAAAAGUUCACGGGCUUAGGAAUUCCGUCUGACGUGGAGGAGAUAUUCGGUUCGGCAUAUUCCGCCUCGGUUUACAUCUCCAGAAUCCUCAAGCUCGCGCCGCCCAAAAACAAGGUUUUUGUCAUUGGAGAGGCCGGCAUCGAGCAUGAGCUGAGGAGCGAAAAUGUACCCUUCAUUGGCGGCACUGACCCUGCCUUCCGAAGGGAUGUCACCCCUGAAGACUUCAAAGGUCUCGCUGAUGGUUCUCUGUUGGACCCCGAGGUGGGAUGCGUGCUCGUCGGUUUGGACUUUCACAUCAACUACCUCAAGCUCUCGCAUGCGCUCCAGUAUCUGAGGCGGGGUGCCAUCUUCUUGGCGACCAACGUGGAUUCGACCUUCCCGAUGAGCCACGGCUUCUUCCCCGGUGCAGGCUCGAUGAGCAUGCCUCUCGUGUAUUCAACGGGCCAGAAGCCGGUGGCGCUCGGGAAGCCUAGCCAAGCCAUGAUGGAUGCUGUCGAGGGCAAGUUCCAAUUCGAUCGUGAACGCACAUGCAUGGUUGGGGAUCGUCUUGACACCGACAUCAAGUUCGGAAUCGAGGGGAAGCUCGGUGGCACGCUGGCAGUCCUAACGGGCGUAAGUCAGAAGGAACACUGGGAGGCAGCGGAUGCGGUUGCGGUGCCAGCAUUCUAUGUGGACAAACUGAGCGACAUUGGGCUUGUCGCGAGGAAGCAGUGA